GGGAGGGAGUGAGGGAGGAGGGGGAGGGAGUGAGGGAGGAGGAGGAGGUGCUUGGUGCAGCCACCAUGCUUCUCGUGCUGCCGCUGAUGCCGCCGCUGCUGCUGCUGUUUCUCGCCGUGGCUGCAGAGGAUGGAGCGGGCCCUGGUGAUGCGGUGGCUGUCACGGUGCACGUCAGGGACGUCCUGACGCGUUUUCCCGUCGAGGGGGCCUCCGUUUGGGCCCUGGAGGAGCAGACGGUGCAGGCCGCACGGGUGACAUCACUUGCGGGGGCUGCCCAGCUGUCCUUGAGCCUACGCCACUCUGCCCAACCCCCCUCCCUCCUCCUCCUGUUGGUGAAAGGCUCCGGUUAUGUGCCUUCUUCCCUCCAGUGGCAGAUAAUCAACGUCCCAUUGGCGGCUACUUUAAACGUUCAGCUACUUCCUGAGGAUCCUGCCCAGCUGACUGUCUACAGGGACCUGGUGACAGUUUCCUCCAGAGUUAGAGGUCACAAGUGGCAUUCUGCAGCGCAGCUUCACCCCGGUUCUCUCGUGCUGCCGGCAAACACCAGCUACAGUGACCUGGAAGCGUACCUCACCGUGUCCACGACUGCAGAUGAGCUCCACCUCUUCCCUCUCCCGCUGGGAAGGGAGGUCAACGCCACUGGCACAAACGGUCCGCUGAAGUUGAUCCCGUCGGGUGCCGCUUGCCUCCGGCUGUCGAAACACGGCAGCCGGGAAUCCAACGUGACGGUGGCUGGACCUGUCCAGCUGUCGCUCGCCCUCCCGCCUGGUGCCAGCCUUCGCGACGGAGACACCGGCAUCGUUUGGGAGCUUGACUCCAGCAUCGGCGUGUGGAGGAAAACGGGGCUGGCACAGAUCAAGCUCUCGGGAGACACCCUGCUGUGGAUAUACACGGCCUUCAGCGCUGGCUGCUGGCUCCUUGCCUCUCCGGACAGAACUGCAAUAAUCGCUACGUCUGAUACGAAACGGGACAUGCCGAGCUACCACACCAUCCUACUGCUCGCCAUUCUUGGCGGAGUGCUGCUCAUCAUCCUCUUCCUGCUCUGCCUGGUGAUGUAUUACUGCAGGAGGAAGCGGUCGAGCGAGAGGCUGCGAAAGUUGCCACUAUCAUCGCCAGCAGACACGUUGCCACUUUCCAGGCGGGAGCAGGGUACGUCCACCUCCUACGCCAACCUGGGUGCCAUUAGCACUGCCACAUCUAGCCAGGAGGAAGCAGGGAUGAGCUCGCAAAUGCUUAAGCUGUGCUCAAGCUCGGCAGCCGCCUCUCCGGAAUUUGAUUUUUCAAUCGGGGACCAUGGUGACACGUUUCUGGGAUCGGCCGACACCCUGCCAGUAAAAAUGGGAUGCGCGCUGCGAGGCGCUGACGGCUGGUCGGAGAGUCUGCAGUUGCUGGGUUCGGCUUCAGAUGUCUUGUUGGAGAACUUGAGCAGUGCCAGGGCAUGCAGGUCCCUGGCUGAGGACAGCAACCGAAGCGUUCGCUCGGCGCCGGUAGCCACUGAAAACAUAGCCAUGACAUCGGUAUUGACAGCGACAGCUGCGAGCCAUCGUUCUCUACUGGCAGAUGAUGAUGCUGCAUCCGACUCCAGGCAGACUUCGGGGAAUUUGGCAGCAACGCCGCUCGCUCACUCAGCCGAUGAUCUGCUGAUGGACCGGAAGGUUCCCGAAUGCUUUCUGACGAGAUCCGUCGAUCACUUAGGCAUUCUGGGAUCACCGCCCAGGCCGGGACGGCUCUUUCUCUUUGGCUCUGUAAGCCACGUUAAUGACAAAAUAAAUGGAAAGAUGGUGCAAACUUUGGUGAUCCCUUCCCAGUGUGUGACGCUGCCCACAGACCAUCCUUUACUCUGUGCCAACGGUGCUAUUUCGUCGGAGCAGCCGUCAUGGGUUUCUAACAAUAACCAGACCCAGGCAGCGGACGCAUCUCAGUCUUCCAGCCAACAUUUGCAAGAUGGGGUGCAAGCGUGGGAGUCACGCCGUUUAGAUAUGCCCACAAACGGAUUGGAGGUCCCUGUAGCAACUGCGAUGAAUGGGGAACUGCAGCCGGUGCCACACGGCACUGCCGCCCUGCUGGAGCUGAAGGAAGUGAAGCCCCUGAAGCAUCCCAAGGCCUGGUUCGUGGCACUCGACGGCUCCGUCAAUGCUCAAGUGCGGCACUCGUACAUCGAUCUCCGCAACGACGCGAGUCUCGACACCGGAUUGAACCGAAGCGAGGGCAAAAAGGGCAGGCGGAAGGCGGUGCCCGUUGCCAGUCGCCUCGCGGACAACGGCAAAAGUGUACGCGGAUGCCGGGAAGAAGUCAAGCGAGAAGGGACACAGCCCGCGGUGGCGGCGCCGCCCUCUUACACCCAGCUGGUGUUUUUGGACGAGAUGGACCAGAACAGCGGCAGUGAGAGCGGCACGGCAACCUGUUCCCCGGAAGAAGGCUCGCUGAGGCCUCUGCUGGGCACCGAGGCCAACGCGGCCGACGCUGCGUACGCGCUGACGUCGUCGAUCGACACGGAGAGCCCGGCAGACGUGGACAUGAACACGAGCCAGAGCGAAGAGGGAAAGUUUAUGCAGGAAACUCAUGACGGACCCGAAGCGCAUGACGGACCCAACGGGCAUGACGGACCCAACGGGCAUGACGGACCCCACGGGCAUGACGGACCCCACGGGCAUGACGGACCUCAUGUGGAUGACGGAGCCCCCGACGGGGAUGACGGACCCCCCGACGGGGAUGACGGCGGUGAAGGCGGUGAUGGGACAAAGAGUCGGUGGCAGAAGCGGGAGGAGAGACCACUGAUUGCCUUUAAUCUACAGUAAAACAAUGUUUUGUCCAGAUCAGUGAAGGUAGCGUUAACGUCGGCUUUGACGCUGAAGUACAAAGUCCUCGGCUUUUCAAACGUGCUCAUGUUAUCAUGUUAAGGCAGAAUGCUGCCACCUCUUUGUUUACUGAAAUUACCAAACACCAAUCCUGUAAACAGUGCCCCUGACCGCCAGCCUAGACUACAUGAUGCUUAAAGCAUUACAGACUUGUAUUGAAAGUGAAAUGCUUUACUUUUUAAUUGCCUUGAAGUCAUGCUGUCGUCUCAUGUGGGUGUUGGGCCAGGUGUCAGUAAAAUGGACACUUGCCACUUGCCUUGAUACCAGAUUAUUUUUCCCAAUGUAAUGCAACUGUAGCUUUUAAUGUAUGUAUUGUAAAUGUGCAAGCUGAGGACAAGGAUGAAUGAUUAGAGGGAACUUAAAAGCAGUGUGAUGGAAUUGUGUGUUUUUUAAGGCUGCAAAUGCAUAAUCAUUUUGCUUUUUGUUUUAGUCAUGUAUUCCGUUUUCUUUUUGUACCUAUUUAUUAUUCAAUGUUUAAUCUGCAUAUUGACAAAAGCACUUGUAAAUGUGAGCUUUAGUUAUUUUUUAUAUAAAUCACUGUAGAAAUGUGUUUUCUGUUAUUUUACAGCACCCAGGAAUCAACUGCCACAUUGGGUGCUGGGCAGAUUUUAAUUCUAAUGCCAGAGCUGUAUUGUCAUUGCCAUAUGGACACCUUGUCCUAUUUAUGCAACUGCUGUGUGGACAGGAUGGUUGUAAUCAGGUGAACAUUAAUUAUGCGUUUUCCAGUCUGCAUACAGAUUCUGCCCGUUUAAAUAAAGCUUGUA